AUGGUGCGCGUGACCCGAAGCGUGCUGUUGCACGUGCUCGCGCUCUGCAGUUGCGCGUUCCUAUUGUUCCAGAUAUGCUACUACCGGAAGUACGUCAUCAAGACGGAGCCCCGCCCCCCAAGUCCUGACAGCCAAUGGGUCUCAGUCCGGUCCUUCCUGUCUGCAGCUCACAGUUGCCGUCUCCCUGUGUUCCUCAUCGAUGUCUCAGUGCUGAACUCAAUUUCCCACAAUACACCUGGACGUGGCCACUGCAACUUCCUGUGUCAGCGGCCAAUCACAGCCUUUGGCCUCAACCUGAAGCACUGGAGUCAUGAUAGCUGCUUCCUGUCUGCCCUGGAUCAGAAGGACUUCCUCUGGACACUCACCUCAGGUUUGAACCAAUCACAGACGGUCAGAAGGGGUUGGAUAAAGCGGACGCCACAUACACACCACAUGACUGACAUCACCGCCAUGUUCUACAACUUAAAACCCAAGCAAAACAGAGAAGGUGGGUUUUGA